AUGGCUGAGGAGCUGAAGAAGGAGCAGGGCACCAGCGCUCACCUGGAGAGGAUAAAGAAGAACCUGGAGGUCACAGUCAAGGACCUGCAGCACCGCCGGGAUGAGGCUGAGAACCUGGAGGUCACAGUCAAGGACCUGCAGCACCGCGGGAGAGGGCUGAGAACCUGGAGUCAAGACCUGCAGCACCGCCGGGAUGAGGCUGAGAACCUGAGAGGUCACAGUCAAGGACCUGCAGCACCGCCGGGAGAGGCUGAGAACCUGGAGGUCACAGUCAAGGACCUGCAGCACCGCCGGGAUGAGGCUGAGAACCUGGAGGUCACAGUCAAGGACCUGCAGCACCGCCGGGAUGAGCUGAGAACCUGGAGUCAAGGACCUGCAGCACCGCCGGGAGAGGCUGAGAACCUGGAGGUCACAGUCAAGGACCUGCAGCACCGCCGGGAUGAGGCUGAGAACCUGGAGGUCACAGUCAAGGACCUGCAGCACCGCCGGGAUGAGGCUGAGAACCUGGAGGUCACAGUCAAGGACCUGCAGCACCGCCGGGAUGAGGCUGAGAACCUGGAGGUCACAGUCAAGGACCUGCAGCACGCCUGGAUGAGGCUGAGACCUGGAGGUCACAGUCAAGACCUGCAGCACCGCCGGGAUGAGGCUGAGAACCUGGAGGUCACAGUCAAGGACCUGCAGCACCGCCGGGAUGAGGCUGAGAACCUGGAGGUCACAGUCAAGGACCUGCAGCACCGCUGGGAUGAGGCUGAGAACCUGGAGGCUGAGAACCUGGAGGUCACAGUCAAGGACCUGCAGCACCGCCGGGAAUGA